UUGUUUGCUUAAUUGUAGACACACCAAUCAGGUGUAUAAGCACUAUAAAAAGCAGCAGGUGAGUUCAUCGGUCUUCAAGCACAAUGGAAAGAGUCAGAGAAAGAGUAAGACGAGGAGGAGAACGAGGAGAACGAGGAGAACGAGGAGGAGGACAAGGAGGAGGAGGAAGGGGAGGAAGAGGAAUCAACAGAGGAGGAAUCAACAGAGGAAGAGGAAAAGAUGGAGGCCAUGCUGGAGGUAGAGGUAGAGGUAGAGGAAGAGGAAGAGGAAGACAAGAAGGUGCUCAAAGAGGACCGAAUCUGACAAAUGAGAUCCGCGCAACACUGGUUGACCACGUUGUCAACCACGGCCUGACGCUGAGGGAGGCUGGACUGCGAGUACAGCCAAAUCUAAGCCGAUACACAGUGGCAAGUGUGAUAAGAACAUUUCGACUGGAAAAUAGGAUUGAGGGUCAGGAACGACAAGGGGGAAGGCCUCCUAUGUUCACAGAACAGCAAGAGAGGGAGAUAGUAAACAUGGUUUUGGCCAACAAUGCUAUAACACUCAAUCAGCUCCAAACUAACAUUGUCAAUAACCACGCCAGUUUCAACGAUAUCCAUCAGGUCUCAACAUCAACACUGGCACGCAUCCUAAAAAAAAACCAUAUUCAAAUGAAACAAAUUUAUCGAGUGCCUUUCGAGCGCAAUUCUGAAAGGGUGAAGCGACUGCGGCAUGAUUAUGCAGAGAGAGUUUUACAAAUGGAUGGAGAGGAGAUCCAGCAUGAGUUCAUUUACGUAGAUGAGGCUGGGUUCAACCUGACGAGGACACGAAGGAGGGGAAGAAACAUCAUUGGCUACAGGGCUAUAGUCAAUGUCCCAGGGCAACGUGGGGAAGAGUUUUUCUCGGCAUGGCGGUGGAAGGUAUAUGCUCUCUGUCUCCAGGCUGAGGUACCCCUCAUCCAAGCCAUGGAGGAGGCCUGUGACCAGAUGGAGACAGCUGAUGACGAUACGCCUCACAGCACCUUACACUGA